AUGAGGCGUGUGACUUCCACAAUCCACUUCUCCUGCUUUUCAUCAUUGCCACCUUCUCCCAUGGCAACCAGCGUCACCUGUACCACCACCCUACAAGACUCCAAGCAUAGAAUUACAAAAGAUAACGACUUAGACGUCGAAAGCCAGCAAGCCCCAGAAGCCUCCGAAGUCAUAUUUGAUUAUGCCAAAAGAGCUCAAUGGCUGAGAGCCGCCCUCUUAGGGGCUAAUGACGGCCUCCUUUCCACCGCCUCCCUGAUGAUGGGUGUCGGUGCUGUCCGUGAAGACCUCAAGGCCAUGAUCCUCACCGGAAUAGCAGGACUAGUUGCCGGAGCAUGUAGCAUGGCCAUCGGAGAAUUCGUCUCGGUUUACUCCCAAUAUGACAUUGAAAUCUCACAAAUCAAAAGAGAGAUGAAGAGUAGUAGGAAUACUGAUAAUAACGAGUUGGAAGCAAAGAAAAAUGAGUUGCCGAGCCCAACAAAAGCCGCGGUGGCAUCUGGCUCCGCAUUCGCGGUGGGGGCGGCGGUGCCCCUUCUAGCAUCGGGGUUUAUUAGGGGAUAUUAUGUGAGGGUGGGCGCGUUGGUGGCUGCGGUGAGUAUGACAUUAGUAGGGUUCGGUGGGUUGAGUGCGGUACUAGGGAGGGCUCCGGUGGUGAAGUCCACCUCUAGGGUGUUGGUUGGAGGGUUGGUGGCUAUGGGGGUCACUUAUGGGUUGACCAAAGCCGUAGGAUCUACUGGUUUGGUUAGUACUUGAUUAACAUGAGUUUGGUUAGUACUUGAUUAACAU